AUGGGUGUCCCGUCACUUUUCAGAUGGCUAUCUCGAAAGUAUCCAAAGAUCAUAUCUCCUGUUAUUGAGGACGAUCCAGUUAUUGUUGGGGGAAUUGAACAACCACUUGAUUAUUCAGCCCCAAAUCCGAACGGUGAACUUGAUAACCUUUACUUGGAUAUGAACGGUAUUGUUCAUCCAUGUUCUCAUCCUGAAAACAAACCGGCCCCUGAAUCCGAAGAUGAAAUGAUGCUUGCAGUGUUCGAGUAUACGAAUCGUGUACUUAAUAUGGCUCGUCCCAGGAAGCUUCUAAUGAUAGCAGUGGAUGGCGUUGCUCCCAGAGCAAAGAUGAAUCAGCAAAGAUCCAGAAGAUUUAGAUCUGCUAGAGAUGCAGAGAUAUCAAAUGAGGAGAGAGAAAGAAAGAUGGAAGAGAUGGAGGGCAGAGGUGAAGUGAUUGACGAGAGUAUUAGACACAAGAAGACAUGGGAUUCUAAUGCUAUUACACCAGGAACUCCAUUUAUGGAUAUUCUUGCUGAAUCGCUGAGAUUUUGGGUUGCAUAUAAACUUGCUAAUGAUCCUGGUUGGAGUAAACUCCAAGUCAUAAUCAGUGAUUCUUCAGUUCCAGGGGAAGGUGAACACAAAAUUAUGAAUUUUAUUAGAUCACAACGAUCAGAUCCAGAAUAUAAUCCGAAUACCACUCAUUGUAUUUAUGGUUUGGAUGCUGACCUUAUCUUCUUAUCAUUAGCCACUCAUGAGCCUCAUUUCCGUGUUCUCAGAGAGGAUGUUUACGCUAAGGAUCAGCUUCAAAGAAAGUUGAGGAAUAUGGAUCAGUUUGGAAUUGAUCAACAGACACGUAACCAGAUUGAACUUAUUGACAAGAAAAAACCCUUUAUUUGGCUUCACAUAGGUAUUUUAAGAGAGUAUUUAGCUGUUGAGCUUUCCAUCCCAAGGCUAUCGUUCAAGUUUGACUUGGAAAGAGCGAUCGAUGAUUGGGUGUUCAUGUGCUUCUUUUGUGGUAAUGAUUUUUUACCACAUUUACCUUGCCUUGAUGUCAGGGAUAGUAGCAUUGACACUCUAGUCUCUAUUUGGAAACGAAUUAUGCCAAGACUAAAGGGAUAUAUUACUUGUGAUGGGCAGCUUGAUCUUGCUGGGGUUGAAGCAUUGCUGGAGGAGCUUGGACGUAUGGAAGAUACUAUUUUGUACAAGAAGCAUGAGAAAGAUAGGCGUAGGGAGGAUAAUUACAAGAGAAGAAAAAUUGAAAAGGACCAAAGAAGCUUAAUAAAGAACGAACUUCUUAAAACUGUUUCUAAGGGCAAAGAUAAUGCACCGAUUAUGCCUUCACAAAACAUGACUUUGACCAAUUUAAACACAGGUAAAAUGUCAGGCGGUUUGAAAAUGUCCAAUAACGAAAUUGUUCAGAACAUAAACACAAUAUCUAAGGCUAAUUCGGCAAAUCAAAGUGUUGCCGACAUCUUGAGACAAAAUAUUGCGAAUGCAAAUUUAACACAGAAGGAUGAUGCUGAGACCAAAAAUUAUAGCAGUAGUGAGCCAAUUGAUGCUUCUACGACAGAUGACUCCAGGAAAAGGAAUACCGAUUCUGCAUUCAGUUCGGAUACAGAGGAAUCCACUUCGGGAGCAUUAGUCGAUAAUAAUGACGAUGUGAUCAGAAUGUGGGAACCAGGAUUUAGAAAGAGAUAUUAUCAGGCAAAAUUUCACACUCAAGAUGAGGAACAAUUGGAGCAAAUUCGCAGAAAUAUGGUCGAGGGAUAUGUUGAAGGUAUUUCAUGGGUGUUAUUAUAUUACUAUCAGGGUUGCCCUUCCUGGAAUUGGUAUUAUCCAUUCCAUUAUGCUCCGUUCGCCUUGGACUUUAAAAAUUUAACGGAUAUUGAUGUUACAUUUGAAAGAGGAGAGCCAUUUAAACCUUUUGAGCAAUUGAUGAGUGUGCUUCCAGCAGCUUCUAAGCACAACCUUCCGGAUGUUUUUGGACCUUUGAUGUGCGAUGAAGAUUCUGAAAUUAUUGAUUUCUAUCCUAAAGAGUUUCAGGUGGAUAUGAAUGGAGCCAAAAUGUCUUGGCAAGGAAUAUCUCUGCUUCCAUUUAUUGACGAAAAAAGGCUUCUCAAAGCUGUGAGAUCGAAAUAUGGGAGUCUGACACCAGAAGAAGUUGAAAGAAAUACAUUGAAGCAUGAAAUUUUGUUGAUUGGUCGUGAUAAUGCUCAUUUCAAAUGGUUUAAGACACUUUAUACCGACAAAAAUGAAAAUAACACAAAUGUGGAUGGACCGGUUUUGCAAUUUCAUGGUAGAGAAGCCGGAUUAUCUGGCAAAGUGAUGCCAUGCCAAGAGUUUGAUCCAAAGGGCGAGAGAAAAUUUCCACUCAAGGCUACUGCGGGAGUAAAUACCGAGCAAUAUGUGGAUGUGCCUAACAAUUCUUACAUGGAGUUAAGCUACAGAAUGCCACCUAAGGCUAAAGGAAAAUCAAUGCUUUUAAAUGGAUAUAUUUCUCAUUUAUUGAUUUUAACGGAACAGGACAAGGACAAUGUUAGACACAGCCAUAACAGAUUUUAUAGGGGUAAUCAUUUCGAAGUUCCUACAAAUAUUGACUAUAGUCAAUAUGUUGGCCCAUAUGGCAAGACAGAGUAUAGCAAUCGUGUUGGAGGUUACAAAAGCUAUCUCGAUAUGUACAAGUAUAAUUCAGAUCGUUAUCAGCAAACACAGCAAUUUAACCGUUACUCUGGUGGGCCACAAAAUCUGGGCUUUGGAAAUCAAAACGGAUUUGGGAAUUACAAUUCGCAGACAAGUGGGUAUAAUAGUGGCUAUAACAAUCAAUACGGGAAUAGGGGAUACAAUCAGGGAAACUAUAACUAUGGUUAUAAUCCACAUGGAAAUGCGAACGAACAAUACAACAAUGGAUACAACCAAGGCUAUGGUAGAGGUGGAUAUAAUCAGAGGAGAAGUUAUGGUAACAGUGGUAGAGGUAGAGGAAGGGGAGACUAUGCUGGAAAUAGGUACAGAAAUGAUUAUUCAAAUCAUGAAAGUUCCUAUCCAAAUAGGGAAAAUGAAUACGGAGAUCACCAUAACAACAGAUAUAACGACAGAUAUUAA